UCGGAGAGCAGCAGGCGGUGAGGCGGGAAGGCGGUUGAUGGAGGAACGCGAGAGCGGAGUGGGGCUGCAGCAAGCGGGGGAGUCGGCGCAGAGCCUGCAGCCGGAGGUCGAGGUGGAGAGGCCGGGCCUGCAGCAUAAACUGCUCCGGCUGCCGCUGAGCCGGAUCAAGGGACUGAUGAAGGCUGAUCCCGAUGUGUCGCUGGCGAGCCAGGAGGCCGUGUUCGCCAUCGGCAAGGCCACGGAACUAUUUGUUGAAGUGAUUGCGAAGGAUGCAUAUUCAUUCGCUUUGCGGGGAAAACGCAAAACUAUCCAGCGAAAGGAUGUGGACAAUGCAGUUGAUGCUACAGAUGAAUUUGCAUUUUUGGAAGCCCAGGGGAGAAGGCAUUGCUGCAACAAGGUGCAACAGACAAAAUUAUCUUAAGUUGAGGAACUCUGGACUGAAUUGGAACCAAGCUUCACAAGAGGCCAAAUUGACUAUAGAGAGCUGUGUUCAAAGGUUCUCACUAUAUGUGUAUGUAUAUUUUGUAUAAUCUGUAAAAAGGUUGUUGUAUCUGUAAUGAUUGAUUCCAGAUGUGAAUGUUUGCAAUUAUAUGACUAUAUUAUGAAGCUUUUGUGAUUUUAUCUUAAUCAUGCACAUCCUAACCACAAUCAUGCUGCUGCUGAGGUUAGGAUGUGCACGCAUAAAACAAAAUCCCAACACAUAACGCAGAAUCAAUAGUGUACGCAAAACAGAUCAUCACUUGGAAUAUAUCUGUAAUGCAAAGCUAGCAUCACCACCUAAUGAUAUAUUAUCCUAGAAGGUGUGCUGACACAACAAAAAGCUUCAGGGCACAGGCUUUUACAUUAUUGCAGUUGUACAGGAUAUGAUCUGAAACCUGUACUGCUUAAGUGUGGAAACUUAACUGCCUUGACCCUCAGUUAAUUCCAACCUGAAAUAUAUUCUAACAGAACUGCUAUUCUAUUCGUUCAUGUUAGUUUCCAACUCACUUCCAGAUGAACUUCCUGUGCAUUGCAGGAGGGUGUUAAUAUUGAAAUACAAUUAUGUAAUUUUGUCAGUGAUUUCAGACCCUAAUGGUAUUUAUUCGACUUGAAGUCAGCUUUGUAUCACUACAGUACAUGAUGUCAAAUAACACAAGUCAUACUUUGCAUCCUUUUUUUUUUGAACCAAGAUUACUCCAAUCCCACAGCCCACAAUUUUUCAUUACCGUCAACCGGUUUGGUCGCUUGUCUACCUGAUAGUAAUAUACUUGAGGAAUCCAUUGUAAUAUCUAUUUGUAGGGUUAUUGGCCAGUAAACAAUAUACCUGUUGCUACAUGCACAAGGGAUUUUGUGCUGUCCUAUCAGCACUGCAAUAUGAAUUUGCUGGUGAAGGGUGAGAAUUAUAGGUCAACUUGUGUAAUGUCUAAUAUCUUGAUGACCUAUUUUCAAGUGAUAAUCUUCUUUGUGUAAUCCCUCAUAACCUAAUUCCACUAAUUUAAUAUGCCAUGUGCUGUAUCAUGUUUUGUCUAACCUCCCUGCCCCCCCCACCUUCAAAUUACAAGAAUGCAAAGGGUCUUCAAUAAAUACUAUUAAAUUAACAAUGACCAGAAUUUGUUAAACUGGAUUCAAAGUUGGUCAUAAUGCCUGUUAAUGCUAAUGGCCAGGAAGAGUCCAGUUUGAGAGUCAAGUUUUAAAGGAUAGUUAUCGAUUAAAGAAAACUGUGCUUUAUCUUUUGAAUAAGUUCAAUUUUUAAUGACCUUUGUGAUUGUUAGUUGAGUCCUUCACUUUGCUGUACAUUUCCUCGUGUUCAUUCUUGAUGUGAGUUGACUUUGUUUUCUCUCAUCAUUUUCUAUUUUCUUAGCUUUUGAUUUCAGAGGUUAUUGGUCCAGGUCUUGUGCAUGAGCACACAAGGCUGACCUUGUCAAUGUUGUAACAAAUGAAAAUCUAUUAAUAAGUUCGUUGGAGAGCUGAAGAAAGACAGGGCUGUGGUUGCAAAGCGUAACAGUCAGAAAUUCCUUAACCACUUUAUCCAUGAGAGGUUUUUCAGAAAGAAGCUGGGAAACAUCAUAACAUAAAUGGAUUUAAGCUAUCACCUGCUUAAGAUAGUAAGCAUUCUACAUGAUUAAAGUUAUCAAUUCUAGACUGGCUGAAAGCUUUUAUAUUUGAAUAAAUGCUAAGAAUAGAUGGAACAUAUCCCUGAAUACUAAAUGGAUAAGCUGUGUAAUUGUAGGUGUGAUGUUGGCAAUCAUUGAGGAUAUUGAUAAACAAAAGGCAGAGACCAUAAGAUUUCAAAUGGGUUAACAUGAUUUCCAUAUUUAUACAUAUCCUUAAAACAGUCAACUAGAGUUUACGAAUAGUAUUCAGAACUGCUGCAGGUCUUUCUCUGCUUCUAAGAAUGAGGUUUACUAAUGUUUGAGGAUGUUUGGAUUCCGGUAAUAGCCUGAAUAUAGUAAUAUAGGUUGCUACAAGCAAUCAAGGUGAGGCAUGCUUUACAACCUUUGUGCAUGAGAUUUUAGGAGAGAUGAGAAAUUGCAUUUCAGUUUAUGAAAGUGGGUAGACCAAGAAUAAUGAGGUGAAGGGAAGGGUGAAACAGCAAAAACGAGCAAUGCCUUUUAUGCCAUUAGAAGAAAACAAACUGGAGUUUUGAGAUAGUGAAAAUAACAGAAAACCAGUGAAGGAAGAUGAGAGUAUCACUUGAGCAGUAAGAGACCAAGGAGCAGUGAGAGAAUUGAAUUUCAGUUCAUGGUAGAAAUGAGAAUUAAUGAAACAGUGAAGACUUGGGAGUAUAAUAGUGGAGGUGGGAAAGUAAAUUAUUAACUAGAGUCUGAGAGAGAGUGUGAUUGAAAGGUGGAAAGAGACAAGAUAAUAUCAGUGAAGGAGUGAAGUAAUAAAAAAACUGAAGAUAAAUGAAACAAAACUGAAAUCAUGCUGUUUGUUCACAUUAUAUUCUUGUUUGAAAGUUUACAAAUGUGUUGAAGUCACCAAUCCUAUUAUGCUAUAUGUAUUCUGUAUAAUACAUCAAUUUACAUUAAUCAAUGCCAGAAUUACUCUUGAUCCUGAUAUAUUAAUACAUCUGUAUAACACUAUAUACACAUUUACACAUUUUAUAACUCAUUCUGCAGUCUGCACACAUUGCUUUAGGGAUUGACCUUUUUCUUUAAAGCCAUUUCUCAGACCAACACUUUUCUUGCAUGGUAAGCAUUUUUAAAACGAUUGCUAUUAACCCCAUUGCUUUCAGAUCUCCUGAGGAUGCUGGUUUCUCACCUCAGGAGCUAGACAUUAUGCAAGACUGGGAUGGUUAUGAGAACUCAGUGAAUGAGGGGUCCAUAAUGAGUUAAUGGCACCCACAGCUUCCAGCAACCAUGUCAUCAUACUGUUUCAGGACGACGUUUUCAUCAUCAUCAAAAUAGAGAAGAUUAAUGGAGAAGAGUUUGUCUGGGAUACAGCAUGGAGAUGCCACAUCAUUAGCUAGUUUAAGAGCAUUGAUAAUAGACUGGACAGUGGCAUGAUUGGUUGGUCUCAUAUUUUGGCCCAGUGGGAAGAAACAUGCUCCUUUACAAUGAUAAGCAUUGUAACCUCGAGGGGAGAUAAUCCAACCAGACCAGCCAAUCUCUUCAAAGUCUACAUAUAGAGGAUGCCUUUGACAUGCUUGGAAAUGCAAGGACCUUGUGUUUCGGUUCUGGCUUGCUUUGUUCUGGAGUGUUCUGUGAGAGAGAAACGGAAUCUCUGUGGCCAUAUCUGUAAAUGUGGAGUAUAAUGAGUUAAGUCAUCUCAUGUAUUCAGGGACCAUUUAUAAAGAAAAAUCUUUUCUUGCCCUUUAA